AUGGAAUCUCAGCGGCCAGCUAGGAUACCACCACCUGGUCUUCCAAUCUUAUCUGGUCCGCCACCAGUGACGGAAUCUUCCAAUUGCAGACAAUGCAACAAAGAAUUCAAUUUCAUCUUUAGACGUAAACAUACUUGCGGACAUUGCGGAUAUGAAUAUUGUUCAAAUUGUCUGUCAGAUGGUCAAGCUUUGAUGCCUCGACGGGUCAAUCAAAAUUCCUCACAACAAUCAAAUGGUAACAACGUACCAUCUGGACCAUCUAGCAUAUUUGCUGAAAUCAAAGAAGGUUUCAAAGAAGGGUUCGGAUUGGAUGAGAAAUCCUCAGGAUCAAAUGGAAAUGCAAGUGGAAGCGGAUAUGAGGUUGAAAGUGUUUGUUUACCUUGCUUGACCAUGCUACAAGUGACAGCAGCAAAUCUCACUCAAUUAAGAGCAUUACCAAUUAAGCGAUUAAAAGAAUACCUGGCAGCAUAUAAUAUACCUUGUAUAGGACCUAAAGAGAAAGAGGAUUUCGUACAAGCUGUCAUACGAGCCAGGAAUCCAAAUACAGGUUGUUUAUCUCCCGAAGCUGAAAGUUAUUAUAGAAGAAGAUCAGUCCCUAAAUUAGGUCAAAUACCAUCACAACCUUCUACAAGACCAAUAUCAUCACACACUGCUAGACCCCCACCUCCAACUUCAAAUCACGCUAGACCUCCACCACCAAAUGCAGCAAAUAACUAUCGUUCACCACCGCCACCAUCAUCAUCAAAUCAAGCUUAUCGUCCAGCACAAUCCACGGCAAGACCAUCCCCUACUCCACCAAGACAAGCUCAACCUACACUCAGACCAUCUCAGCAAGCUAGACCACAACCGCCUAGACCACAAGCUUCACCGGCUCCGCCACCACCACCCAUCCCAACCAUACUAUCGUUGGUCAGCUUACCGAAGAGUUACUUGUCGUCAUUGAGUAUAGGCACAUUGAAGGCUAUACUUUACGAGAACCACGUUAGAGUGGACUUCAAACAGGUGCUGGAGAAGGAACAGUUGAUCGACCGAGUCAAUGAAUUGAUCUCCGAUGAGAGAAAACGAUUAGAGAGGCAACGUAUAGAAGAAGAAAGAUUGGCUGCAGGAGAGAGCAUCCCUGAAACCAACGGCACUUCAACUCCUGAAGGUGAGAGUGUAGAAGGUGAAAAUGGCGAAGACAAGACAAAGAAAGUACCCACUGGACCUAUGCCAGAAGUUGAAAGGGGUUUAUGUGUAGUUUGUCAAGAUGAAGAAGCCACUUUGGCAGUGGUUGAUUGCGGACAUCUGUGCAUGUGUGCUCAUUGCUCAGAUCUGAUAAUGGCAACAAGUCAAGAGUGUCCUCUAUGCAGAACUAGAAUCGUAACACCACAACGGCUAAUACGAAUAUACCGAACAUAA